UCCCACCAUGUCAGCCUGCGCAUCUUCCCGUUUGCAGUGCUGCAUGCAAGACUGCGUGUGUGUUGGUAUGUGUGGGAGCGUAUGCUGAAACCUGAAGCUGUGGAGGAAGGGGAGGGUCGAGGGCAGAAAACAGAAGGACCGGGGCAGAAAAAGACAGAAAGAGGGAUACAGGGAGGAGAGGACGGAUGCUGAGGAGAGAGCGAUAGUGAAAGGACCAGAGAGGCUGCUAGGAGGAGGAGGAGGAGGAGGAGGAAGAGGAGAUCUGCUGAAAGAAACAGCGAGCAGCAUCGUCGAUUUUCACAGCAUCCCUGGCAGCUGUCCUCUGUUGCCGUGACGAUGGGCUGCUGGCUCUCUGGACCGUGGAUGGGCGACCAGACGAUGAGUGGGCGGAGUCUAGCACACCUGAGCCAGCGGGACGCUCUGCGGAUCCUGGCGGCAAGUCAGCGUCCAAUCACCUUGCAGAUAAAGGGGGGCCAGAGGGGGCGUGGCUCAGAGGCAGACAGGGCAUCAUGGGAGCCCCUCCCCCUCAACCUGCAGCACCUCAACCUGCCACUCCCGAUGCGGGGGGCGAGGCUUAACACGUCUAGCCCCUCCUACCAAGACAGACAUUAUUACAGCCAUCUGUCUCUGCCACAAGAUCACUGUGAUGGAGGUCGUUACAGUUACCUGUCCAGCUCCCCACGAGACACCGUGGACAUCGGCCACCAGGAUCUGGAGCUGACGGGUCGCCGACCGAAGGGGCAGAACUGCCUGAUGGGAUGCUGCAAUGCAAACUUAGAAGAACCAAACGCCUGCCACAGUCAGACCGACGACGAGGACUUCAUGCUGGAGAAACCUCUGGGCUUCCUGCCCCUCCACCACGAGCUGGACAGCGGUCUGGGCUGGACCGACGGCUCCCUCCACCAGGGCGACCUCUCGGGGCUGGAGACCGAGGAGGGCGGCCUGGAGGACUGCCACUCCCACGGCCAGCUGGCGCCGGGAGGCUGCGGAGGCUUCGGGGGAGGCGGCUCUCCCUCCUCCGAGUCCUUCAUCUCCUCGGAGCUCAGCGACUCGGGCUUCUACAGCGUGAGCACCGGCGAGUUCAGGCACUUUCAGAGGCUGCUGGAGAAGCGGAUGCGGCUGUACAACGCCCGGCUGCAGCACCAGGGCGAGGCCUGCGAGAGGCGGGAGCGCCGGGACAGCUGCCCCAAGAGCCACCGCGAGCUGCUAGAGGCCAUACCGGAGGCCCUGACCAUGCAGCCCCAGUGUCAGCGCCUGCAGCUGGGCAUGGAGGAGACGGCCGUGCCGGUCAUGGACCUCCCACCCCGAGGAUUAUUCAGGGUUUCGUCCGUCCAGUUCCACAAAGCCGACCGUCCCUGUCUGAACCGCCACAGCUCCAGCAGCGGAGCCCUCUUCAACCCGUCCCACGCCCACGCUGCCGUGUCCCGAAUGCCUGGUCCGGUCCUCUCCACCUGCAGCACCCCGUCCAGCCACCGGAGGCCGAUGGUGCCCAUGCAGCAGCAGCAGCACCAUCAGGGCUCCAACUCAGUGGGAUUGCUGAGGAGAAGCCGAACGUUGCACCACCGCCCUCCUCCGCAGGAAUACCGCCGCCGGGCCAGCCACCCAGCAUCGCCCUCCUACUGCGCUGCAACGCUGCACCACUGUGGAGGCGUUGCGCCGCAUAACAUCCUGCCGCCAGGCCUGCCGGAGGAAACGGAGCUGGUGGAAGGUGUGAUGGUGUCCCACCCAGCAGGCAUGGCCCUCCCUCCCCAGCAGCAUCCCAACGCUCUGGGGCACAUCAGGGGCCCAAACCCCCACGACCGAUGCUAUGACAACAACUCCAACAGCCAGAUCCCUCACCACGACUGGUGGCACUCGCAAGAAAGAAGCAUGAUGCCGGAACCCAUGAUGGCAGAAAGGGACAGAGAGAUGGAAAGGGAGCUGGAGCAAAAGAGACAAAUGCAAAAGGAGAAAGAGCUGGAGAGGGAGUCUCAGAUUCAGGAGGAGAUGGAGAGAGAGAGGCAGCAAGAGCUGGAGAGGAGCAUAGUCCGAGAUCAGCAGCACCUCCAGAGCCUCAUCCACCCUCCUCAGGCCGGCGACGUGAAUGACACCUGGCCAAAACCUGCAAUCCGUCAGUCCCAUGGAGGUGCAGGAGGUCGAGGCCUCUACAGCACCUUGGAGGGCCACACAGCCCCUGGUAAUGCUGCUGUCGGAUGGGAUGCAACUACGGUACCAAUGAACGCGACGUCAAGCCCCAAUCCCAGUUCUGGUCUGCAGCCUAAAGUCACUCCGAGCUCUAAACCCAACAUGACCUCACGAAUCUCCAGGAAUCAGCUGCUCAGAGAUCGGGCGUCUCAGCUGGCAGAUGAACGUAGCGGGAUGAGCACCGACGAGGAGACCAGCACCGACAUGCUGAUGGGUCGGUACUGGAGUCGGACGGAGAGGAGGGAGCACUUUCUUCUGGCCCGCGAGCAGAGGCAGCAGCAGCUUCAAGCCAGAGGAGCAUUUAUACGAGACGCCAUCAGCAGGGGAGCUACCGUCGUCGGAGCGGGAGCAUCUGUCGGAGAUGGAGGUGUACUGGACAGCCGAGGAGUCGGAGCGUUUGCAGAGGGGCGGUGCAACACGGUACUGGAGCUGAGUCAGAGGAAGCUGAGUCGGUUGAGGAACAGAAAGCUGCUGGAUGACUGGACAACGGUAGAGGAGCUGCUGACUCAUGGGACCAGGCUGGACAACCAGGAGGACAUGUUGUGUCCCAGCUCCCUGCUGACGGUCACCACCGUCUAACUGCAUAGACACAGUGUCCAAAUAACUGUGUGUGUGGUGUUGAGCUAACAAUGCAACAUUUAAGUAAAUCUUUUUGUUCCGUCUCUUUCUAGGGUCAAAUGAGUAGAUGGAUAUCAGUUUUAUCAAUGUUGGAAAGAUGUUUAGGCCAGUAAAGCACAAAGACUGACAACAGAGGGUGUGGCGUUUCUAGGCUGUCUUAAUUUAUAAAUAAAAAAAAUCCAUCAAAAGUCCCACAACAACUUCAAAGCUGUUGAACAGAAACAAAUAUUUUGUUACCCCUACAUGGAAUUUGAAACGUAUGCCAUCCUUGGAUUCUUUAUAUUUACAUUCAUCCAUUGGCUUCCACUUAUACAUGGUUCGAUCGCUAAUCGGGUCAGUCCAGAUUAGUAUCCCAGCUCCUCCUGGUUGAUCAUGAGAUGUUAACAGGUCAGAUGAGACUGUAGUUCUGCCAGUGAGUUCUAGACCUACCCCCCCAGUUGGGUAUGUUUGCAAAAACCUCCAAAGGAAGGAGCCCAGGAGACCUUAUGUGGACGGUCUGGUUCUUUCAAACUGGUGGCCUUUAGAUGUCACUGGUCAGAAAAUAGGUUGAUAUCAAAACAAAAUUACAUUUCCCUCAAAACUUAAUUGACAGUUCAGUUGGUAGGUGAGGGACUUGCUCUAAAUUUACAUGGUACAACAUGCAAGUUGGACAGCUUUGGAGCAGUUGGAAAGUAGCUUUUUUUUCUCUUUUAUACAGCAUCUGAGUCCAGUCUUUUUGAUAAGCAAGGCUAAACAAUUUUGCAGUUAAGUAUAGGCCAUAACCCUUACUUUCACCUUGAAAUUCUCCCUUAUUAUUUUAGUGCCAGAAGUGACACACAAUAACCCUAGAAAGCCGAGAAAUGACUUCUUCCAUGAUCUCAUGUUAACCUGGGUUUACUAAGUUAUGCGUUAGGGAUGUCCCAUUUGAAUCCGACUCAUUCAAUAUUUAGUAUUUGCUGAUACUCUCAAUCUUAUAUCAUUUUCUGAGGUAAUACACACUUCUAGCUAUCAACGGGCACGAUGACAAAGACUUAUUUGGUGCUUAAUGACAUCCAACCAGGGCUGAUUAUGCCUAUUUCCUAUAUAGUUCCAAUAUUACAGUGAGAAUGUAACAAAGCUCACUUUGCAGCCCAAAUAAUACGUCGACAAACAUUGUGGGGGUUUAACUAACAACGGGCACCAUGACAAAGACUUCUGUAAUGCUUAAAGACAUACAACCAAAGCUGGGAUUACAUAGAACAGUGUUCAUCUUAUUGAUAUAUGAAAAAAAAUUGACUUUGUAGCCUGCAUCACUAUUAUUACAUGUUCGUUGUGCUCAAUUUGUGUUAUUGGUUAAUCCAUUGCUAAUCGAUAGCACUGCCAAUUAUUGAUUUAAAAAACAACUUAAAUUUUUAAUCUCCAGUGUCUUUACACAAAUUGUGCUCUCCCUUUACAACAACUGUGUGACAGCGGACCUAAAGAAAUAAUCAGGCUUAAGUUCUUAUUGUAAAAAAAUAGAUUUUUUCAGCCAUGAUUCCAAUCUUUGGGACCUGAUUAGGUCAUCCCGAAUGUGUGUGACAUAAUUUAGUCUGCUAACGUCAGUGUAGAUUGAUGUGUUGACGUUAUAUCACCCUAAAACGUUUGCGCCGUUCCUCCCUGCUGACCGUUAUUGUUCCUUUUUGGGGAUUUUUAAUUAUCAAGGCAUGAAGAACAGGGUCCCAUUCAACAAAGAUGAAACUGAUGUCCAUUUUUUCUAGACUCUUAACGGAGACAACAAACAGGAGGAUUUACAGACAUGUCGUUAUCAGUCUUUUAAUGAAUGUGUGCGAGAGCGGAAACUACUGUCAUUGCUGUACAUCACCUCAACCGAUAGCUUUAUGUGUGGGUGUGUGACCACUGUACAGCACUCCGGACUAACCGUGUGUCAGUGCAUGACGCUUGCAAAAGUCCAAGACAAGCGUGCGUGUUUGCAUCACGAGUUUUCAUGCUACAUUUAUGCUACAUUUAUUUCACUGAAUCUUCGACGAAAAUUUACAAAAAAAAAAAAUCGGGUUUCGGGGAGCAAUACUGUUCUGCGUGAUGUACCUGGCUGUGCACUAUUGAAAAAUCACACACACCUGCUUUCACACCACAGAAAACUGUAGCAAUGCAGACGCUGAGGUUUGAUACCAAACCCUGAGUGGGUUUUUUUCUUGUUUUUUUUAUUUAUAUAGAAACUGUUUACAAUUAAAAUACCAAUCGGUGGGAGCUUUUCUAACUAAAAUGCUAAAAAAGAAAGAACCUGAUCGACCAGUCUUGAUCAGAGAUGGGGAACCAAUUCAAAACAGAGGGUUCGAUCUGUGAAAUCAGCUGCCGUAGUUUUCGGGGUGGAUAUUAUGCCGCAUUCAUGUCAUUUUCAACCAGCUGAUUGGGAAACAAGGUGGAAAGAACCAAAGAAACGCCAACAGAAACAGUGCCAAAAACUGGUAGCCACAUGCAAAUAAAAUCACAGCAAAGUACGCCAGCCUGUGCAUCUGUUUCUAUCUACGAAGCUAAAAAUCCUACUUUAAUUUAGUCGUUUUUGCAGCUAUUCUGGUUUUGUGAUGAAAUUAAACUAAAUGACAAGAAGCAACUGGACUUUUUGAGUUCAGACAACUUCUAAAAAAAUAUUUUCAACCAACGAAUGACAUUGAAUUAGCUUUUCCUCUUCACUUACAGGCAUUUUUAAUCAGUGACUGGUAGCAGGUUUUUUAUUUGAUUAUUAUUCAAAAAUGAAGUUGUUCCAACUAGUAUUUCCACACUAUUUAAAAAAAAAAAUGUUCAUGUCAUGCACCCAAUUAUAAGUUUUUAAGUUGGGAAAUUUAAAAAAAAAAAAUGAUGUUGCUCAGUGUUAAGUAGGUAAAAUCAUGACCUAAAGGUGAAGAAAAAUAGUUAUCAAGCCAAUUUUAUUAGGUUUACAUCAACUUUAAUUCAAUCUUAAAUAAUCAAAGGCAAAAAUUUGAGUUUAAAUUACACACAAUCACAUCAGCAAUUUACAUCAGCAACUUGACUGUACUCUAAAGAAAAUCAUGUUUGGGUUUAACAAAAACAGUAUUUUAAUGUUAUUCAAAAGGAGCUUUUAUUAUUUAAAAGGAAGCUUUUAUGCUGGCUAUUUUUUUUAAAGUUGUGAAGCCAGUUUUAUUUAGUUAAAUUCAACUAAUUCAGAAAUUUGAGUUUAAAUUCCACAUAGUAUUAAGUUGAUGCAGCUUUUUUAUGUCAGCACUACCCAUGAAAAUUAUGUUUGCAACCUAAAUAGAUGAUUUAAAACCUUAAAUGACCAUGUUUUAGCUUGAUUUUAUUGGAGUAUAGGUCCCUUUAAUAACCUUUAAGAGUUUAGACAUCAGCAACUUGUCUGUACUUUAAAAAAAUAUUUUGGUUCAACAAAAAUAGUCAUUUGAUGUUAUGCCAAAGGAACUUUUACAACUUUUGAAGCUGGCAAAUUUAAAUAACAUUACAUUGCCCUAGUGUUAAGUAAAGAAAAAAAUGUUAAGCCAUUUUUAUUGUUACCUCCACUUAAAUUCAACUACUGCAUAAACUUGAGUUAGAAUUACACAAAACAUUGAGUUGAUGCAACAUUAUUAUGUCAACAUUGCCCAUUAAAAUGAUAUUUGCAGCUUUGAAGGUUAAUUUAAUUUUUAUAUGUAAACAGCAUAAACUUGACUUCAAAAUAUAAUAUUUGGAUUCAAUAAAAUGUAAAAAUAAUUAGCUUUUCCACUACAAUCAGAGAUUUUAUUAAUUACUUAACUGGCAGCAUAAACUCAAGUUAAUUUAACCUAAAUGCAAAGAAAGAAUUUAAUUAAGCCAAUUUUAAAAUAUUACCUCAAGCUAAAUUCAACUAAUGCUAAAAAUUGAGUUUAAAUCAUUCACAAUAUGAAGUUGAUGCAACAUUGUUGUGCCUUUAAAGGUUGAUCUAAAUCAGGAAAUUACAAUUUUAUAUGUAGACAGCAAGAAUUAGUUUUUCUACUACAAUCAGAGGUUUUGUUAAUUACUUAAAACCUGGUAGAAUAAACACAAGUUUUCAAGCUAAUUCCCUUUCAAGGUAAAGAAGAAAUGUAGCUAUCAGGCCAGUUUUAUUAAGCAAUCUCCACUUAAAUUCAAUUAAGACUUAAAUUUGAGUUCAAAUUACACAUAUUAAGUUGAUGCAACACUAUCAUGCCUUUAAAGGUUUAUCUAAAUCAGGAAAUCGCAAUCUUAUGUGUAGACAGCAGCAACUUGACUUCAAAAAAUAAUAUUUGGGUUCAAUAAAAAGUAAAAAGAAUUAUUUUUUCCACUACAAUCAGAGGUUAUGUUAAAUACUUAACUGGUAGAAUAAACACACGUUUUUAAGCUAAUUUCACCUCAAGGUAAAGAAAAAAGCUAGCUAUCAAGCCAAUUUUGUUAAAUUAGCUCAACUUAAAUUCAGUUAAUGCUUAAAUUUGAGUUCAAAGUACACACAAUAUUAAGUUUAUGCAACGUUAUUAUAUCAGCACAACUCAUGGGAUUCAUGUUUGCCCCUCAAAAAGUUUAUCUGAGUCAGUAAGUUAUAAUUUAAUCUUGUAUGUCGUGGGAAUAAAUGGAUGCGUGGAUGUACCUGGAACGUCGCUGCUGCUCAAUCAAAAAGCACAACUCUCUGUGAAACUGCUGAGUGGCACUUUAACGUGUAAUAAAAAAAAAAUUGUGUUUUUCUCUGUUAUUGCCGUCCUGCUAUCAUGAUGUGAAUGCAGCAUAAGAAUUUAAUUCCGUCCCGUUGCGAUGUUUACAGAUUUGUCUACACAGAACACACAGUGUAUGAACCCUACAGUGAAGAACUGUUCAGACUGCAUUGUUAACAUUCCACUUUAAAAAAAAAAAAAAAAGAAAAGCCGUGUGAGUAAAUCUGAAAUCUGAUUACAGGUCCGCAGUUCAGGAAAAAAUGUGCAAUAAUACCUCAAGCUAGUUUUAAUACGACGGCGGAGUGCGUUAGGUUUUCAUCGAAUACAGUUUUACAUGCACAAAGUUGGUUCUACGAAGGCAACAGAUUCUGUAGAUAUUUGUUUCUUCUUUAUUUUCCACAAGAGGGACCUAAGAGGACAACUUUUUGCACAUCACUUUUGUACGAGAAAUUUUCCCUACCUUUCUGUACCGGGACCGAGGCCAGUGGAGUGACUGUAGAUAGAGCGACGGUGUGUGUUGGUGUUUUUCUUUCUAAACUAUCAUAGUGAUUUGAAAAACAAACAAACAAACAAACAAACAAAAAACAAUUAGUUCGUUGUGAUUGUGUUGGACAUAUUUCAAUAUUUUUCUUGUGACCGACGUGAACAAGUUUUAUGAUCUUUAACAAACCUUGCAAAGCUACUUAGGUUUGUUUUUUGGUUUUUUUUUCUGCGAGCGAACACGAAAAAUGUGAAUAUUAUUGUCUCUCUUUAAAUGGCGAAAAUGACUUUUACUGUUGUUUUUUUGUCAUUCUGGCAUGUACAUAUUGAUUUUGUCGGACGUUUCGGGGAAUGUGUGGUCUAUCAUGUGGUUCUGUACAUUCAGCACAGAGGUGGUGAACAUUGUAGUAUUAGAGUACGUUUCACCAUGUCGUCCACAUUCAUGGGUAGUGCUUCAGUUUGUUCUGAAUGUCAAAUGUGGCAUCCGUGGAUUAUGAGUAGGAUCACUGACACUGUAAAAAAAACAAAAACCACGCGUAUGUUCUCCGUCUUCCAGUGGAAAUCAGUUUUAUGAUGCUAAUGAAGCUUAUUUAGCACAAAGACUGGGGAAAAACGUGUUUGAUCUGAGAAAUCGGACACAAAAGAAGUACAAAAAAGGAAAAACUGCACUAUGAAGUGAGAUGAAUGGGUUUACAGAUAUGUUAAAGAUAAAAUCAGACUUCGUUCUUGCUUGAAAAACUGUAGUUCAUCAACGUUGCUGCUGCUAAAAUCAUUCUGGAUUGACUCCAGUGUCAUAUUGGUCCAAUUUUCAUGUUAAUGUAAGCCCCCUGUGCAGCUGUACGACUCAUUCUUAUGACAAUUUUUCUAAUUAUGUUCCCAAAACUGAAAUUAACUUGGGCGCUUUUACAAGUUAACCAAAACUGAAGCUUAUCUUCAUAAAUAACUAAUUAUUCAAUGUAUGAAAUGUCAAAAAACUGAAAAAACACGGAGAAAGGUAUUUAAAUUACUUUUCUAUCUGAGAAACCAGAAGAUGCUGAACUAUAUAUAGUAUACAUAUACAUAUUUAUUCAAAUUUUUUGAUGAUUUAAGCCACCUGUGCAGCUGUAUGUCUCAUUUUUAUGCCAGUUUUUCUCACUAUGUUCCAAAAACUCCAAUUAACAUGGUAGUUUUACCAAAAAUAGCUGUAACUGAAACUUAUCUUCAUUAACAACUGAUUAUUUAGUGUAUGAAAUGUCAGAAAACAGUGAAAAAACACAUAGAAAGAUAUUUAAAUUGCUUUUUUGUCUAACAAACACUGAUCCUAUAAUAAUUUUCAGCUGUAUCAGAUGUAAUUAUGUCAUAUCAAUCCAAAUAUUAUGAUGAUUUAAACCACCUGUGCAGCUGUAUGUCCCAUUUUCCUGCCAAUUUUUUUUGAUUAUGUUCCCAAAACUCAAAAAAAAAACUAGCUGCAACUGACCCUUAUCUUCAUUAAUACCCAAUUAUCCAAUGUAAGAAAUGUCAGAAAACAGUGGAAAAACACAUAGAAAGGUAUUUAAAUAGUUUUUUUGUCCAAAAAAACAGAAGAUGCGGAUCUUUCUGUCAUAUUUACUCAAGUUUAAUAUGGAUUUAAUCCAGCUGUGCAGCUGUACGCCCCAUUUUCACACCAGUUUUUCUCACUAUCUUCCCAAAAUUCAAAUUAACUCAAUUGCUUUUCCAAAAAAACUGCCUUAAAUCAGUGCACUAGCAGAAAACUAAACUAUAUCUUCAUUAAUAAGUGAUUAGUCAAUGUAUAAAAAUUCUGAAAAGAGUGAAAAAACAUUACUUUGUCAGAGAAACCAAAAAGUGCUGAACUUACUGUCAUAUUUAUUCAAGUUUUGUGUGGAUUUAAGCCUCCUCUACAACUGUACAUCUCAUUUUAAUGCCAGUUUUUCUUCUCAUUAUCUUCACAAAACUUGAAUUAGCUCAGUUGUUUUCCAAAAAAACUGCCUUAAAUCAGUGCACUAGCAGAAAACUAAACCAUAUCUUCAUUAAUAAGUGAUUAUUCAAUGUAUAAAAAUUCUGAAAAGAGUGAAAAAACAUUGUCAAAGAAACCAAAAAGUGCUGAACUUACUGUCAUAUUUAUUCAAGUUUUGUGUGGAUUUAAGCCUCCUCUACAACUGUACAUCUCAUUUUAAUGCCAGUUUUUCUUAUCAUGUUCCCAAAAUUCGAAUCAAUUCAGUUGUUUUUCCUAAAAAAAAGCCUUAAAUCAGUGCACUGAUCAUUAAUACCUGAUUAUUCAGUGUAUAAAAUUUCAGAAAACAAUGAAAAAAACACAUAGAAAGGUAUUUAAAACACGUUUUUGUCUGAAAAACCAGAACACGCUCAGCUUGCUGUCUUAUUUAUUCAGGUUUUAUGUGGAUUUAAACCUGCUGUGCAGCUGUACAUCUCAUUUUUAUGCCAGUUGUUCUCAUUAUGAUCCCAAAAUUCUAAUUAACUCGGUUGAUUCUCCAAAAAAAAAAAAAAAAUAGUCAUAACUGGAGAAAACUGAAUCAAAUCAGAGACGAUAUUCAGAAUGAAAACAUGUUUAAGCUGCUGUACUUGACUAGAAGAUUCCCACACAGUACUUCCAGUCUUCGUGCUAAGCUAAGCUAAGCUAAGCUAAGCUAACACCCUGCACAGAAACAACUGAUGUCCACGUUUCCAGGACGACGGAGGAACCAGAAGAUUUACGCAGAUGUCAGACGUGUUUGUUCAAAACAGAGCAGAGACGAGGUUUUUCCCUCCCGGCUGCGACUGGAGCAGCCUGAAUAAUGGAUGACGAGGACAGAAACCUUCCUCCCCCUCUUCCUCACCCUCUUUGCUUACGUUACACAAGGACACGGCGGAUGAAAAUAGCGCCGCCGUCCUCAUGUGAUGUGGAAUUAAAAGCACACUGGCGCGGAGACACUUGUUUCAGUUCAUCCGUCCAUCCUGUAGCUUCACCUCCAUCCGUCCAUCCCUCCGUCUGUGCAGCGACUUUUCACCUCAGCAAGCUUUUUGGAAUAUGAUGAUGUACAUGUGAUUGUAAUAAAGAGAUUUUAAUUAGCUACGA